AUGUGUGCAGUCUGCACCCUCUUAUCAGCUUCCUCAGGAGUCUUCAAGGCCCGUUGCGUCUUAUCGCAUUAUCACUACCUUCCCCUGCCCACACCGUACGAUGACGGAGUUUCCAUCUCCCAGUCUAGUCCUCAGACGUUACGUAACUGGUUGGCAGGUCUAAAGAUGCCCGUGUACAAGGGACAGCUGGCGAGGGAGGAAGGAGAAGGCGAAGGGGAGCAGAUCCUCCACGUCUUUGACUACGGCGCGGACGAGGCAGAGGAAAGGAAAGGCACGUACCGGAAACAGCUGAUAGCGCAGGAAUCGGGGAUCUACGUGGGGCGUCGGACCGUCGGAAGCAGCCCAGGACUCCGCGAGAAACUGGCGGAGGGCAAGGAGUUCCAGGCCCACGUCGUCAAGUGCCCCGGCGGCUCCUACGAUUAUGUUCUCAAGGCCUGGGAUGUGGGACGGGUGGCGCCCCCGGAGGAACACUACCCGAAGGAGGACGAAGAGAUGGCGGCCGUUGUCAUAGACAGGAGCGGGGAUUUCCUGACGGUUGCUUGCGGUCCCAAUGUUGCCUUCACGACCAAAAAAUCAUUUCUGACUGCAGGAGUGGACCCUGACGACCUGUCGCUGCCCUUCUAUCGGCUGAAAGUUCGGCUGUCCAAAUCUGACACGAGGCCUGCGGAGAUUCCCCUGGCUGCGUGGGAAGCUCGGCCAACACAGGUUUCUAAGCGAGAGCAAAGACAAGAGGUGAAGGAAUAGCCUGGUUUUCUUGUUUUUUGUUGUAGUCCGGGGCUACCUGUCGAUGAAUUAGUAAUAGCAACGACUAGUGACAUCGAGUUCAGUUGCCACGGCGACUACAAGCUUGCCGGGUGCCAUGGGCUCUGUGCGUGACGUAUUACAGCAUUGAUGUAAUUUUAUCUACCAUUAUUUUGAUUUCCCUUUUCCCUUAUCAAAUCAACAGUGGAUUAAUUCACAAACAUGCGGUGUAAUGUCAUUUCAUUAAGUUAUUGCAUUUGAUUCUAUUUUUUUCUUUUGUUUAUCCAAUUUAUUAUUUUGUGUGUGAAUAUGCAUAUGCUUUAGACACCAGAUGACAAAAAUAUUUUUAUGUAUAUCCCACUGGUAAUGACUACCACUAAUUACCAUUAUGAUAAUCAUGGGAAUCCAUCAUCAUAUUAAAGAACCAAUAUAUAUUUUUUUUUUUUCAAACAACAUACUUUUUCUAACCAUGUUUAUAUCACACAUUACAGUUUUCAUCAAAUCCAAGUGUUAAUAAUUACGUGAAUUCGUCAUUAUGUAAAAGAACCAAUAAAUUUGUCAAUCUGCA